GAGUGUGCCGCUGAUGAGCUGAGAGAGCAGCAGAACCGCCACGAGAUGGAGCUGGAGGAGCGGGAGCGAGAGGCGGAGACGGUGAUCGCCAACCUGCACCGUCAGCUGCAGGCGGCCACCGCCACCUCCGGAACGGAGAAAACAACAGGGCUGGUGGCGGUGAACGGCGGUGUAGGGGAUGCGAACGGGAACGGCAGCGCCGCACAGACGCCGUCACUCGGCCGAUCGCCGGACGGCAGUGAUGACGAGGAUGGUGGCGGCGACGCCCGAUCCCGGAUCGAGCACGCGCUGCGGCACCGUCCGCCGCUGCGGGCCGCGCUGUCAGCGCUGCUGGCGGAGCGGGACCGGCAGCUGGCGCUGCUGCAGCACCAGCUCAGCGCCGCCGGCGAGCAGCACCGCUCGGAGCUGGCCGAGCGGGCGGCGGCGGCCGACCGGCGCGCCGAGCUGCUCCGCCAGCAGCUGUCGGACGCCGCCGACCGCGCCGAGCAGCUGCAGCGGCAGCUGGCGGCGGCGCACGGGCGCGCCGACCAGCUAACCGGCGAGGUGGCCGAGCUGAGACGGGAGCACGAGCAGCUGGCUGAGCGGGCGGCUGAGAGCGACCGCCAGCACCUCAGUGAGCUGGAGUCGGUACGAGCCCAGUGUCGGCUCCAGGUGGACAGUAUGCAGCAGCGUCUGUCCGGCCGGCUGGCGCGGCUGCAGGCCGCCGGCCGCGCCGCCGCGGACCGGAUCGCCAACCUGGAGAGACUUGCAGCGGAGGCGGCCGACCGGCAGCGUCCUGAGGACGCCGCCACCAUCCUCCGGCUGCAGGAGGCGCUCCACCACACCGAACUGCAGAUGGACGCGCUCCGCCGCGAGAAGCAGCAGAUCGGCCUCGAGCUGGCCAACCGGGACGCCAGCUACAGCCGUCUGUUCCCCACGGGCGCGCCGCGCGUCGGCGUCAUCGAUCCCACGGCGGCCAGCGGCGGCGGCGGCGGCCGGGCCCCGCCGCCGGCGCCGCCGGCGCCGCCGGCCCGCCAGCAGCGCCGGCCGGCCGGCCGGCCGGGCAGGCGCUGACACCCGGCCCGUGCCGCCGCCGGGCUCCGUACUGCCCUCUGUCGUCUGUGGUACAUGGUCCGCGGGUAUAACAGAGUCUAGUCCUCAGCUGUGAACUGCCGCCCUGUUACUUGUUGUAGCUCACUAAAUUGUUGCAAGUCUUUCCCGUCGCAAAGAGGUGGUAGCUUUUCACUUGUAUAUAGUGAAACUGGUAUCUUGAAGCUCGAGGGAACUGGUAUCGAAGAGUAGAAACAAAGCCAAAACCUUGUUGCUAGUCAUUGGAAGGUAGAAAAUGAGUUGCAGUAAACUAUAUAUUAUAACAUUUGUUGCCUUUUAAAUGCUGGUUUGUGCUGUUCUCUGUUAGCAACUAGGCAAUGAAUCGUUGUUAUUAUGAACUCAGGACUCAAAUGUAAUUCGAAUAUGCUGAUCUUGUGAGCUAAAACAGCGCUUAGUGCCUCGCACACGAACAUUAUGGUGCCUUACUUUGGUCGUUGCUGUGCCUCUAACAAUAAAUAAAUGAAAAGUAAAAACAG